CCUGCCACUGUGUCACAGCUCAUCCAGCGGGCGAAACUCCGACAGACCCUUAAACGGUGGGAGACGCACCUCAACAGCUUGGGCACCCACAAGGGCCACAUCUACGUACGGAACCAGGUCGACCUGGAAGGCCCACCUAAGAACUUCACCUACAUAAAUGACUAUAAAGUCGGUGAUGGGAUCAUGCUGAAUGAGGUAUCCGUGGGCUGCGAAUGUACAGACUGCCUGGGCAACCCUGUGGAGGGAUGCUGUGCCGGAGCGUCUCAGCACAAGUUUGCUUACAAUGAGUUAGGCCAGGUCCGCAUCCGGCCUGGGUUGCCCAUUUACGAAUGCAACAAGCGGUGCCAUUGCGGGAUCGACUGCCCCAACAGAGUGGUGCAGAGGGGA